CAAAGGGCGGCUCCAGGGCUGCCGGCACUGCGGUAAAGCUGUUCCCGACCGCCGCACACCUUGUCCCGGUCUCCUGCUGUGGCUCACCAGGCCAGCAGCAUCCGCCGUCGCCAUUGUUCCACGCCAGGACUGCCAUCCAGAACCACCUGUGACUCCUGACAACUCCAAGGCACUGGUACCCCCUGACAGCCACCACCAGUUAUCUGCGACACCUUUACAAUCACCGCUAACCACCCACCCGGGUGCCCAGGGCGCGCCAUGAAGUCUGCCUCAAGCUCGCGCGGGGGUGGGUCGGGUGGCCGUGGGGGUGGCAGCUGGGGCGGCAGCUGGGGCGGGGGGCGGGGGGGCGGAGGCAAGGGAGGAGGAGGCGAUGGCGGCCCUGGGGGCAAGGGCGGCUUUGGGGCGCGGGCGCGUGGCUUCGGCGGUAGCCGGGGCCGGGGGCGCGGAGGGGGCGACAGUAGGGACCGUGGUGGCAGCGGGCAGCGGCGCGGUGGUGUGGGCAAAAACAAAAACCGCCGCAGGAAGGGCGCCAAUGCUGUGUCGGUGGAGCCACACAGGCAUGAGGGUGUCUUCAUCUACCGUGGAGCGGAAGACGCGCUGGUAACGCUGAAUAUGGUGCCGGGCCACUCGGUGUAUGGCGAGCGGCGGGUCACUGUGACUGAGGGCGGAGUGAAACAAGAGUACCGCACCUGGAACCCCUUCCGCUCCAAGCUGGCAGCGGCCAUCCUGGGCGGGGUCGACCAGAUCCACAUCAAGCCCAAGUCCAAAGUGCUGUACCUGGGCGCUGCCUCAGGGACCACUGUCUCUCAUGUCUCCGACAUCAUCGGCCCGGACGGCCUGGUCUACGCUGUUGAAUUCUCCCACCGCGCUGGCCGUGAUCUGGUUAACGUGGCCAAGAAGCGAACCAACAUCAUCCCGGUUCUCGAAGAUGCCCGGCACCCGCUCAAGUACCGCAUGCUUAUAGGGAUGGUGGAUGUGAUCUUUGCCGAUGUGGCCCAGCCUGACCAGUCCCGGAUAGUGGCUCUGAAUGCCCACACCUUCCUGCGCAACGGGGGCCACUUUCUCAUUUCCAUCAAGGCCAACUGCAUCGACUCCACUGCAUCUGCUGAGGCGGUGUUUGCUUCCGAGGUGAGGAAGUUGCAGCAGGAGAACUUAAAGCCUCAAGAGCAACUGACCCUGGAGCCCUAUGAGAGGGACCACGCUGUGGUCGUGGGGGUCUACCGGCCCCUUCCCAAGAGCGGCAGCAAGUAGCACCCAGCAAGGGCUGUCGUCCCUGGGCUCUCCCCAAGACUGUGCUGUGUUCAGUAUAACUGUGUUUGUGUUUUCUUUGUGUGUUGUUUUUCUUUUGUCUAUUAAAUGGCAUAAAGAAACAGUACCCAGGUGUAUCAGUGAGGCCAGACAGUUUUCCUGCAAUAACAGUCAAUCCCUCAAUCUCCAAAUCUUCAAAUCCCUAAAAAAGCUAAAACAGCUGGUGAUAGGAACCCAUCAAGGAACAGCAUGGGAGUUGCGCUUACUCUAAUGACUUAGGGCCCUAAUGUCCCAGGGCUCCUCCUCACACAAGCUUUCUCAUCACAGGAGCAGGGGGAAGAGAGCUCGCGCAUUGCUAAUGAGCCUAGAAAGUCCCCCUUGGAACUGAGGGAGCACUUGGGUUACAUUGGCUAAGUCACAUGACCGAGCCUGACUCCAGGGAGUGGCACUGGGUAUUGAUGGACAAUAGCGUAGUGUAACACCCCUGAUCUGUCUGACUCUAAGCCCGAGUUCUGGUAUUUAAUACUUUAUUCUUCACCUAAGCCCUUUUGCAUCCCCUAGUACUUACUCACCACACCCGCUGGGAUGGCUUUGUUAACCAUUUCCCUUUUACAUGCAAAGCAACAGGGCUUCUGAAGGUGAACUGGUUGCCCAAGUAUGCAUAACCAGUUAGGAGAUGGAAUUUAAAUCCCAAUCUUUUGGGCUGUAAAUCCACAGCUAUUUCCUCUACACCAGUGGAAUCAUACCUCUCCCCUACAUGGCCCACACUGGACAGACUGCAAGUCCCCACAUGUGGACACUCACAAAACAGAGUUCUGUGGUUUCAUUGUGUUCUUUCUUUCACCUCCCUGUGCUGCCCUUAGAUUUCAAAAUAACAAAAUAAGGCAGGGGGGUAGGAUGCGGGUCUACUUUGCAACGUGUCCCCAUUGCCAGGCAUAACAUACCCAAGAUGGUAUCACCAAGUGAGAAACAACCAGAAAAAUGACUUCAGAAAGUAUCUGUUUCUGGGCGCCUGGGUGGCUCAGUUGGUUGAGCGACUGCCUUCGGCUCAGGUCAUGAUCCUGGAGUCCCUGGAUCGAGUCCCGUAUCGGGCUCCCUGCUCGGCGGGGAGUCUGCUUCUCCCUUUGACCCUCCCCCCCCCAUGUGCUUUCUCUCUCUCUCAUUCUCUCUCUCUCAAAAAUAAAUAAAUAAAUAAAUCUUAAAAAAAAAAAAAAAGAAAGUAUCUCUUUCUGAACGGCAUUUCCUGCAGACCCUGAGUUGUGGGACUCAUUACAUUCAAUUCUGACUCUCUAAACCAGCCCAAAGGGAGUGGGAGAGUAAGCAAUCCCAGGAGCUGAGAAUGUUCCAAAACCAGGCCUUUAAGAAGACAUUUAUUCAUUCACUCACACAUUAAAAA